AUGGGCUGCCUUGGUGAAGUAACAUCCAAAAACUUUUCGCUUUAUGGUCAAUGGCUUGGCAUUGCAUCCAUCUGCUUGUUGAUCGCGCUUGGUGUUGUUGGGUUUCCUUCCCAUAUCGUUUUCAGUAUUGUCGGCUGGGUGAUUGCAUUAAUUCUGAUCUUUGUCGAAGUUCCUCUAUGCAUCAAGUGCUGCCCAACAAGCCCAAAAUUCGACACCUUUAUUACAUACUUUGAGAACUCUUGGUUCCGUGCAGUCAUGUACCUCAUCUUUGCAGUGGUCAUGUUCCUCAGCAACCUGAUUAACACGGGGCCAUUGAUUGCUGCCGCUGUAUGCUUAUUGCUAGCUGCCAUCUGUUACGGUGCUGGAGCAGCAACGGGCCAAGCAUUUGCAAGCUCAAAGUAUCUCGGUGGUACGGGUGUGGACAAUGUCGUGUAG